UGGCUAGGUAUUUCAUUGUUCUUGUAAUCCCUACAGUAAUAGUUGUAUGCGUAGCAUAUCUCACAGUGUGACAACUAAUAUUUGAUGUUUACAUUUUACGCAGUGUGGAUCUAUUUGACUACUGAAACUCGCUGUAUAAUAUACCUCUGACAGGCUUCUAUCUCAACCCCUUGAUGACAAAUACAGACCAGACCUUCCUUAAGCAGAGACUGACAGAAGGGACACAGGUUAAUGGUAGCCAUGGUGACCAACAAACAGUGUGUUAUCAAUUCCUAGAUCUCCAUGGCGAUAGUAUAUUUGAAAAUCAAGAUCACCAACUCCAAAGUUUGACUGUGGUAAAUCAAGAGGUAGAAAGGUCAGAGGUUACUGAUGUUGAAAGACUUCAACAGAGAAUAAGGGAACUAGAAGCAACGGUCUUCUUACAAAACAGAGAAAUACAGAACUGUGGAGUGGUUAAAAGAGAUUACGAAGCCGUAUUGACAAGUCUCGCAAAACGUGACACAGAAAUCUCAGCGCUUCGAGAAGACAGAGAACGGUUCAACAAUGAGUGUCAGUUUUACAAGCUUCAAGCCGAGGAGAAGACAAGCAAGUGUGAGAAGUACGAGGAACGAAUCCGUGAGAUGAAUCUGCACCGUAUAGAGGACACACGGAAAAUAAGAGACCUUGAAGGACAAGUGAGGCGCUAUAAAGAGAAGUGUAGAGAUGAAAUGGCAGAAAGAAUAUCCCCACGUGAUUUGCUUCUGUUUCCAAGACAAGAGGGAAAUCCAACUGAUUCUGGAAUCGGAAGUGAACAAGGGGACUCGCUUCCAAAAAGAAGACGUCACUUCCGGAAAUCCCUUACUAGUCUGCCAAAAUGCAGAAAUUGUCAGACGGUGUUUGACCAAGUAAGGCCACACGAGAUCACCUGUACCUUUCAUCGUGUUGCAUCGCAACCACUUAAGGCAUGGAAAUCCCAACUUAACCUACUUGACCAGCAGUUAAGCAGUUUGGAAUUGAACAGCUACAGAUUUUGGCCAUGCUGCGAAAAGUAUGGUAUAAAAGAACCUCCGGGAUGCCUCAGGCUGAAGAGUCACGAAAUUAUCUACCCUGAGGAAGAGUAAAAGAUAUCCAAUGAGCGAACGAGAAACUAUUGCCUUUGUGACUCAGCCAGUUUGCAAUAGAAAAAACAACAACAAACAGUGCGUCUACCAUUGGAAAUAUUUACACAGUAUUUUCUAUUAACUCUACAUGUGAUAUAUCAAAUACUCAAAGUACGAGUUUUCGUGUUGACCUGGACUUUUAAAAUUCCCAAUAUACCUCAGUUUUGUUAUUUGGCUAUUCACUUCUUUCUUCUAAAAACAAAUUCUUUUCUGUAAAAAUCUUAUUUCUAUGUUUGGGUUUUAAAGAUAGAUAUGUUUGUAAAUUAUUACAGUUAUAUAUGUUCUUAUAGACAUACGGUCAUACUAUCAGUUAAUGAAACUUAGAAUUAUUAAUCUAUUGAAUAAAUGCAAUUUUAUGUCUCAGUUUGAGAAUAUUAAUCUAUGUAAUGCAGAUUUGUAAAUACUUUUUGUGUAAUAAUUGAAAUGCAGCAUGAUUUGUUUGCAACAUGUAUUUUCAAAGCUAUAUAUUUCAGAGAAUUAGCAAUGGCCAGAUGUUGAGCGGACAAGUACACUUGUACUGACGGUGAUACCUUAUCAGGUGCUGAACCCGACUUGAGCACUUAGUGUACUAUGUAGUAUCAGCUGGCCGGUACAGUUACACAUGAUAGUAAUCUGAUGUAAACCCUGCCUAAAAGAAAUGAGGCAACCUAUUUUAAGCCGAUUUGAAACCAUUUCUUUUUUUAUUAUUCUCUUAAAGAAUAAACUGAUGUAAUAUAUAUAUAACAAAAACUUGAACUUGUCAAACAUGAAAAGAUAAUAAUGUCAUACUUUUAUGCAUACUUAAGGCCUAUUGUAAACGUGGUGCUUUCUUCAAUUAUUUUCCUUACAAUGUGUCCUUUUUUUUGUAAGCAUGGAUGGAAAAAAAUGUGUAUGAUUUUCCUUUCAUUUAACACUAGUUUUUAUUAGAUACUAAUAAUCUAAUUUAGUUACUACUAAUUCAUUUUGACUCGAUUUAGAAGAAAAUGUGAUGUUUUUGAUGCAGUAUCUAGUUGGCUUCGUGGUGAAAACGCUACUGCUGUCAUGUGAGAAGGAGCUAUUGUGGCCCCAUCGGGGAUCAAACGCGAUCUCCAGGUUGACCGAAAAGCUAUGCAUUAGGCUGCUGUUCUUUCUUUUAUCAUAUACAAUAGUUAUGCGAUUAAAUUGUUAAACACAUUGUCCUACGCUAAUAAAAGAUACAAAAAUGAAAUUGGAUGCAACUUUUAAUCGAUUUAAAGACUACAUGUUUCUAAUUUUAGGUAAAACAGUUAUAAGUUUCAAUUUUUGCUUAAAGUACUGUAAGACUUGCAUAUCUUUGCAUGUACUUAUUCUGAAUCUUUCUUGCUUUCGUUUGUUUUGUUACCAUAUUUAUUUAUUUAUGUACGCAUCGGCAUUGUUAUUGAUUAUAUAGUGUGAGUUGUGUAAAAAUAAAUAUAUUAUACUAAA